AUGUCCCAGGUAGCCACCAGCCACCAGCCAGAGAGAGCCAGAGAGCCAGAGAGCCAGAGAGAGGGGAGAAGAACGAGAGAGAAAAAGCAAGCAAAGCAGAAGAAGCAAAGAAAGACGCAGAAAAAGCAAGGAGAAAGAACUCAAACUAAGUAA